CUCAAAUCUUAAGGAAGUCGAAACAUGUCUUCUUUGGUGUCUUUCAUCUCCCUUUUCCUUUUCUCAUUCCUCACUAUCUUCAGAGCUUCUGCUCAAAAUCCUUAUUACAUAUAUCACAAUUGUCCAAAUACGACAACUUACACAAGUAACAGCACUUACUUUACCAAUCUCAGAACCGUUUUGUCAUCUCUUUCUUCCCGUAACGUCCCUUACUCCACCAGAUUCCAAAACGCCACGGUAGGACAAGCCCCCAACAGGGUCACCGGACUUUUCCUUUGCCGCAGAGAUUACUCGCCGGAAGUAUGUCAUAGCUGCGUCACCUUUGCCGUUAACGAAACCUUAACUCGGUGUCCGAACGAGAGAGAGGUCGUGAUCUAUUACGAUGAGUGUAUGCUCAGAUACUCUUACAAGAGUAUACUCUCGACCGUUACGCACGAAGGAAGAUUACUCAUGAUGAACACUAAUAAUAUUUCUUCUAUUCAAAAUCAAAUAGACGGGUUCAUAAGUUUUGUGUCGUUCGCGACGAGGAAAGCUUCCAUUGAAGCAGGCAACAGUGCAAGAAAAUUCUCUACGGUAAAGACCGCAUUGACCGCAUACCAGACUUUGUACGGGCUGCUUCAGUGCACUCCUGAUCUUAAAAUACAAGACUGCAUAGACUGUUUGCAAAGUUGCAUCGAUGGAAUGGAGCUUAAAAAAAUUGGAGGAAGACUUUUCUGGCCGAGUUGUAGUGUAAGGUACGAACUUUACCCGUUCUACAACGAGAGCGCCAUCCAAACACCACCACCCCCACCGUUGGGCUCUUCGGUGGCUACUCCUCCGAUGAAAUCACCUUCAUCAUCUGGGAAGGGUCUGAAUUCAAAAUCAAGGCUUUUGUUAGUGGUAGCCAUUGUUAUACUUAUUAUAGCGGCUGUUCUACUUUCAAUAGCUGGUUAUUGUUUCCUUGCAAAAAGGAAAAAGAAGACUUAUGACACAGCACCUCCAUCUGAUUCUGAGGUAGGAGAUGAUAUGAAAGCCGCAGACUCACUACAGCUAGACUAUAGAACAAUCCAAACUGCAACAAAUAAUUUUGCAGAAGGAAAUAAGAUUGGUAAAGGUGGAUUUGGCGAGGUUUACAAGGGUACAUUUUCAAAUGGGAAAGAAGUUGCGGUGAAGAGAUUGUCGAAAAACUCAAGACAAGGUGAAGCAGAGUUCAAGACCGAGGUUGUUGUAGUUGCAAAGCUUCAGCACAGAAAUUUAGUUAGGCUUCUAGGGUUUUCGCUACAAGGAGACGAAAGGAUAUUGGUGUACGAGUAUAUGCCAAACAAAAGCCUUGAUUAUUUACUCUUUGAACCUACAAAGCAAGUUCAGCUGGACUGGACACAACGAUACAAGAUCAUUGGAGGAAUUGCUCGAGGGAUUCUAUAUCUCCAUGAAGAUUCACAGCUCAAAAUUAUACACCGUGACCUUAAAGCGAGUAACAUUCUCCUAGAUGUGGAUAUAAAUCCAAAAAUUGCAGAUUUUGGAAUGGCUAGGAUCUUCGGAUUGGACCAGACACAGGAUAACACAAGCAGAAUAGUUGGUACCUACGGUUACAUGUCUCCUGAAUAUGCGAUGCAUGGCCAAUUCUCAAUGAAAUCUGAUGUCUAUAGCUUUGGCGUGUUAGUUCUUGAGAUUAUAAGUGGUAGGAAGAAUAGCAGCUUCGGCGAGGCAGACGGCGCACAAGACUUGCUCACACAUGCUUGGAGGCUCUGGAAUAACAAAGCAGCAUUAGCCCUCGUGGAUCCACUUAUAGUAGAUAGUUGCCAUAAUAGUGAAGUGGUUCGAUGCAUCCAUAUCGGUCUUUUAUGUGUUCAAGAAGAUCCUGUAAAGCGUCCAACAAUAUCAACCAUUUUCAUGAUGCUCACUAGUAAUACUGUGACUCUACCACUGCCUCGACAGCCAGGGUUUUUCAUUCAAGGUAGACCCGAAAAGAACCUGCAUGGUUCAGAUCAAUCUACCACGGACAAGUCAGGCUCUAUUGACGAUUCAUCAAUCACUGAUUUAUAUCCUCGCUAAAUAUGAUGUUAACCUUGAUGCUUGAAGCAUAUAUAUUUACAUAUUUCUAGACUUGAUCAACCUUGUUUAUUGUUUAGUUUC